ACACGCCCGUUUGUAGAGUUUAAUUACAGUAUGUACAGUUUAAUUGCCGUACAUCAUAGUCUCUCUGUCAUGUACCAGACGAUUGAGAGUGCUGCAUUUUUCUGACGUUUUUUCUAACACAAUCUUUCUCUUUUUAGUAAGAAGCCUUUCCCUUUAAAUCUCCUCCCUGGACCACCUAGUGUAGCUCGGUUGGCAAUAAAUCGCCGAUGGUCACUGUUCGCGUCAGCGCUUCGCGAUCAGUCUCGCUGUUCCGCUUUUCUGCCCGAUCUUCCUCUUUUUCCUCACAUUUUCUCGUUCUCAGGUCAUGCAUCUGCUGUGUUUCUUUUUCCUGCUGCUAUGGACCGGUCCGGUGCGCAGUUAUUUCCCGGAGGAGCGCUGGAGCCCGGAGUCCGCGCUGCUCGCGCCGCGGGUGCUGGUCGCUCUGGUGUGCCGCAACUCGGCGCACUCUCUGCCGCACGUCCUCGGUGCCAUCGACCGCCUCAACUACCCCAAAGACCGCAUGGCUGUAUGGGUGGCCACAGAUCAUAAUUCAGACAACACCACCGCGAUCCUGCGCGAAUGGCUGACAAACGUACAGAACUUCUAUCAUUAUGUGGAGUGGAGACCUCAGGAGGAGCCCAGCGUCUAUGAAGACGAGAGUGGGUCGAAGCACUGGACCAACCUGCGAUAUGAGCAUGUGAUGAAGCUCCGUCAGGCGGCCCUCGACACGGCGCGUGAGAUGUGGGCCGACUACUUUAUGAUGGUGGACUGUGAUAACCUGCUGACUAACCGGGAUGUUUUAUGGAAGCUGAUGCGGGAGAACAAGACGAUCGCGGCACCGAUGCUGGAAUCCAGAGCGGCGUAUUCAAACUUCUGGUGCGGCAUGACGUCUCAGGGUUAUUAUAAGCGGACGCCGGCCUACAUGCCCAUCCGCAGACAGGAGCGUAAGGGCUGCUUCGCCGUUCCCAUGGUUCACUCCACCUUCCUGCUGGACCUGAGGAAGGAGGCGUCCCGUGAGCUCGCCUUCUACCCGCCUCAUCCCGACUACAGCUGGGCCUACGAUGACAUCAUCAUCUUCGCCUUCUCCGCACGGAUGGCAGAGGUUCAGAUGUACAUCUGCAACAGAGAGACUUAUGGGUAUUUCCCUGUGCCCCUGCGCUCCCAUAAUACCUUGCAGGACGAGGCGGACAGCUUUCUGCACUCGCUGAUGGAAGUUAUGGUGCGCAAUCCUCCAUCAGAGCCGUCUGUGUAUCUCUCUCUUCCUCCUAAACAGCCGGAUAAAAUGGGCUUUGAUGAGGUGUUUAUGAUAAACCUGCUGAGGCGUUCGGACCGCAGGGAGCGCAUGCUGAGGACUCUGUACGAGCAAGAGAUCGCGUGCAAAAUCAUCGCAGCUGUAGAUGGCAAGGCACUCAAUGUCAGUCAGAUCGAGGCGCUGGGGAUUGAGAUGCUGCCCGGAUACAGCGACCCGUAUCACGGCCGGCCGCUCACUAAGGGAGAGUUGGGCUGCUUCCUGUCGCACUACAACAUCUGGACUGAGAUUGUGGAUCGGGGGCUGAAGACGUCUCUGGUGAUUGAGGACGAUCUGCGCUUUGAGGUUUUCUUUAAGCGUCGUUUGCAGAAUCUGAUGGAUGAGAUCGCAUCUCAGCGGCUGGACUGGGACUUGAUUUAUAUCGGCCGGAAGCGGAUGCAGGUGGACCGACCGGAGAAAUCUGUGCCCAGAAUCCACAACCUGGUGGAGGCAGAUUAUUCGUACUGGACGUUGGGAUACGCGAUCUCGCUACGCGGCGCUCAGAAGCUGCUGCGGGCUGAACCGCUCAAAAAGAUGCUGCCCGUGGACGAGUUUUUGCCCGUCAUGUACAACAAACACCCUGUUGAGGACUACAUGUCUCACUUCGAGCGGCGGGAUCUGCGUGCGUUUUCGGCCGAACCGCUGCUGGUUUACCCCACGCACUACACGGGCGACCCGGGCUACAUCAGCGACACCGAGACCUCCACCGUCUGGGACAACGAGACGGUCCACACCGACUGGGACCGGGCGCGAUCGCGCAAGAGCAGCGAGCAAGAGGAGCUGAGCAGCGAGGCGCAAAACUCAGACGUGCUGCAGUCGCCGCUGGACAGCACGGCCCGCGACGAGCUCUAGGAGCCGAAAACGCUCCCGAGAAACCUUUACAAUCACAUCGUCCAGGGCUGAGGAGGAUGUUUUGCGGGUCAGAACUGAGAGCACAGUUCACAGAGCCAUCAGCGAUCAAAUUCACUUUACCACAUACUUUAGAUGAGAUGAUCAUCUCUGGUUUUCCUGAAAUGCUUGACUGGAUGCGGGAACAGUAAAUAUGAUCCUAGUUAUAUGCAAUAUCUUGAUCUUAUGUGUUUGAAUGAAAAUCUCAAGGACAAUCGAGAUGAUUUGACAUUACUGACGUGUUCAUUUUAACAACCUCCAUAGAUGGUUUGGUUUUUGAUAGUUUUAACCUGAUCUGAUGGGUCUAGUUUAACGCUUGUCAGGAGUCCUGGCCGAUCCGUUGCGCUUUGUGAUUUUUAACAUUUUAUUCCUUUAUUAUUUCACUUUGAGUGUUGACUUUAACUUUGUAAGUAAGGCUGUUUGUUAAGGUCAGAAUGAGAUUGGCAUGUUUUUAUCUCAUAGUCUGCUUGCAGAUGACUAAUUUAUUGCUUGUUCAGCUUGUUUGUAGUGCUCGAUGUCAGAGCCAACGGAUCCGUUACCCGUUAUGUGAACCGCACAGAAGUGUUUUACCUUUUGUUUUUAUUUUCUCUAUUUCUUCAGUUGCCUUAAGAGAUUUGUAUGGAAGAAUAGAAGCCAAUUAAAACAAAUCCAUUUCAAAGCUAGCAAAGGAAUGCUUGUGUGGCAAACUAAUGUUUACAUGAUGCUUAAUGCGCUAACUCAAGAAAUGGAUGUUAUAAAAUUUAGUAAAAUGAGUUAAGUGAAUUCAAUUUUGUUUGUUUGUUGUUAAAUGUAUCAAUCAUUUGUUUCAUCCUGAAUGUGCCUUUUUAUACCAAAGAAUAAAGAAUGUUUCAUAAAUUCUGAUGCCGUAGACCCAGUCUGAUUUUAAGAGGAGUCUGCUGUGAUAUAUUAAUGCAGCGAAUGGGUGCUGUCAGAAUGAGAGACCAAACAGCUGAUAAAAACAUCACAGUAAUUGACAAGUAAUCCACAACACUCCAGUCCAUUGGUUAACAUCUUGAGAAGCCAAAAGCUGUGUGUUGUAAUAAACAAAUCCAUUAUUAAGAUGUUUUUAAAAUGUCUCUCACAUUAAAAUCCAGCGACAGAGCUGUGUUGGCUUGUAAAUGGU